UGCGUGGGCAGGAAGUCAAAGAACGUUAUGACAGAGAUCUCGCGUUGGACGUCAAAAAGUUGCCAUGUUUGAUGUGGCGCAGGUGCCGUCUUAAAAUGAACGAUUGGGCCAACAGCAGCACAUCGGUAGUGUUGGAGCAGUCCUGGACAAGGGUUGAGAGGUCAGUGCUGGUGGCAGUUCUGAGCGUGGAGAUGGUGCUGGGGGUCAUUGGGAACUGUCUGGUACUACUGGUAAAAAUCAUGUGUAGGGAUCAGUUUCCCUGUAGAUACUGGGUCCCCUUCGUCAGUCUGACCCUCUCCGACCUUGGCUCCUCCCUGCUCAUCAUCUCUGGCUCCCUAUUGGCUAUGUUGACUAAGGGUCAGAGGUCACCAUGGUGCGAGGUCGUCAGCUUGCUCAAAUUCGCCUUCAUCACUUCCUCUAUUGGAAGCAUAGCGAUUCUCUGCGUACAGCGAGCCAAGGGCGUGGCCUCCACAGGAAGAGGCGCCUCUGUUGUUGUGGCUCUGGCUUGCCUGGCUUCCUGGUUGACAGGGGUGGUGUUUGGGAGCAUCCCUGUGGUCUACAACUGGAUCAGGUACGACCCUGCAGAGAUGCUGUGUGCAGUGUUCUGGGAGAGCAGUUACUCUGACAUGCUGGUCUAUAUCCUCUGUGCUUUCUCCAUCUGCAUAUUCCUCCCCUUCCUCCUCAUCCUCUUCUGCUCUCUCUUCACCGCUGCUUGCUGCYGGAGGAACUGCGACAGUGACCCAGAUGACCUCUCCUCUGUCACUCCUCUGAUUGUGGCCUUCUACCUGUUCUGCUACACUCCCUUCGCUGUGUCUGAGCUGAUUCUUCUUGGAAAACUGGACCUAUCCCCUGCACCUGAUUGGCUGAGAACCCUGUCGUCGGUUAUGUCCUACCUAGACUUCGGAUUGAACUCCAUCUACUGUGCCAAUCAGGACUUCCGGGAGGCGGGACUUGCUCUGUUCUGGACCAGUAGGAAGUUAUUAUUCUCUGAGCCUGUGCUGACAAGCAUGACAAAGUUGGAAUUGUAAAGAUUGACCACAAAAUA